AUGGAUACUGUCAAGGAUAAUUGGCAGUACGAGAUGGAUAAAGGAAAUGAUAGAAGAGUUGUUAGUCAAAUAGUCUCGUAUAACUUAAGAGGGGCGGGGGAGGCUUUUACCAAAUAUUCCAAGAAAUAUGAAACUGAGGAAGGGAAGAAAGAUAUUGAAACUCAGCUUCAGAAAUUGAAAAAGUAUGCAACUGUCAUUCGUGUUCUGGCUCAUACUCAGAUAAGGAAGUUGAAGGGUCUGAAACAGAAGAAAGCACAUUUGAUGGAGAUCCAAGUUAAUGGUGGGACAGUUGAGCAGAAGGUGGACUAUGCAUUCAGCUUCUUCGAAAAGCAAAUUCCGGUGGAUGCUGUUUUCCAGAAGGAUGAGAUGAUAGAUGUCAUUGGAGUGACUAAGGGUAAAGGUUAUGAAGGUGUUGUAACUCGUUGGGGUGUUACUCGUCUUCCUCGCAAGACUCACAGAGGUCUAAGGAAGGUUGCUUGUAUUGGUGCCUGGCACCCUGCUCGUGUUUCUUUCACAGUUGCCAGGGCUGGUCAGAAUGGAUAUCAUCAUCGUACCGAGUUGAAUAAAAAGAUCUAUAAGGUUGCCAAGGCAGGUGAAGAGUCACAUACAGCCAUAACUGAAUUUGACAGGACCGAGAAGGAUAUUACUCCUAUGGGUGGAUUCCCUCAUUACGGCGUGGUUAAGGAUGACUAUAUUAUGGUGAAGGGGUGCUGUGUUGGACCCAAGAAGCGAGUUCUCACACUCCGUCAGUCCCUUCUCAAGCAGACAUCUCGAGUGGCUCUUGAAGAGAUCAAGCUCAAGUUCAUCGACACCUCAUCCAAGUUUGGACAUGGCCGCUUCCAGACAACUCAGGAGAAACAAAAGUUCUUUGGUCGGUUGAAGGCGUAAUUUUUUAUUUUUAUUUUUUCACUUCAUUCAAGAGAACUAUUUUGGUCAUAAUUUUUGCAGCAAAACAAUACAUCUAGAGGUCUUUUUAUUUUAGAGUCGGAGGAUGGUUGCACUUGCAAUACAUUUCUCACUGAGAAAGUAUUGUACUUCUGUUGUUUUCAAGAUUGAAAUAUAGUAUUUUUCCUGUUUUAUUGUAUUUGAUCAGCUAAAAUUCUUGGUGGUUUAGGCAAUUUGCCGUCAUUUUCUUUUCUA